AUGGUAGAGAUAGAAACUGUGGAGGAUGAAAAUGCUCCUUUUCCUGGUGAUAAAGAGUGGAAACCUCUCAUGGGAGAAGACUUGGUUAUGAAGGUUAUCAAGACGGAUCGGCCUAGGAACAACAAAGACCCAACACCAGUUCAACCGAGUGACGCCGUGAUGAUUGAUUUUGUCGCCCGCGUUGCAGAUAACCGAUUGUCUAUUGGUGGACCUAUGGUUCAAGAAGUAAAAGACUGGUUUAUUCUCGUCGGAGAUGGAGAUGUUUUGCCUGCACUGGAACUUGCCAUUCGGUUCAUGGAUAGUGGAUCCACAGCUCGCGUAUGGUCCCAUUCCAAAUAUGCGUUUUCAUCAGGCACAAGGAAGCAUGGAAAAACACAACUUGCUUCGAAUACCAACAUCAUGUUUGAAAUUACUGUGACUCAGAUAGUAGUUGACACUUCCAGACUGAAUCCAUACUUUACUAUUCAAAAGGCAGUUAGUCGCAAGGCCAUCGCGAACGAUAUUUAUCAGAAUGAGUGGUGUCCUGUCCCAACGAGCGAACAAGAACCUAGUUGCGAUGCAGCCAUGGCUCGAGCACUUCGCCUAUACAAGAAGGCUGCGCAAGAAAUGGAGACUUUGUUAGGGGGUACAUAUUUUAAUCAGGUUGAAGAGGAUCACCCACAGCGGCUCCAAGCUACUCAAAUAAUGUUGGAUUCCUUGAACAACAUUGUUGCUGUGUAUCUCCGACAAAAGCAAUAUCAUGACGCAAAGCAGUCUGCUGUAGAAGUCUUAAAACAGGACGCAAAAAAUAUAAAAGCCAAUAGCGAGAUCACUUACAAACAUCCUCAGGAAGAGAAGGAGUUGAAGCGAAUUAAAACCCAAUACAUGCGCAAACAACAAGAUUAUAAGAAGAAGACAAAAGAGAUGUUCAGUAACAAGCUAAACAAUCAGGAUCUUUCCGAUGUUCAGGGAAUUCGGGACUCUUCGCUUUUAAACGUAGCACUGAAGAAAGAAGAGCAGGGGUCAACAUCAAACGCGGAUGAUAAGAGAAACAUAGGGGACAAACGGAUUCGUGAGAUACAGGAGAGGAAACCAUUCUGGAAAUCGACUAUUUUCGCUGCUUUUGUUCAAGUAAUACUUCUCUCAUUAUUUCUUGUGUACUGGUUCUUUAAAGAACCAUCGCUCGACGGAAAGUCGCCAAUGAUGGUAUCGACAGACGAUCCUGACGAUUCAAGGAGUAGCUCAGAAUCCAACUUGGAUCUAUAG